GGUAACACACCGGGACGCCGGCUGUCAGCCACUUGAAACCAAAAUCAAAAGAAGUCGAGUCUUAGCGGAAAGAAACAGGAAGAAGAAGAAGAAGACGAAGAAGACCAAAUCGGUACCACAAUGACUUCGACCAGGAGACUAGCCAAGGAGCUUGAUGACAUCCGCAAAACUGGGAUAAAACAUUUCCGCAACAUUCAAGUGGAUGAAUCAAAUAUUUUGAACUGGCAAGGGGUCAUUGUUCCUGAUUGUCCUCCAUAUGAUAAAGGAGCAUUUCGUAUUGAGAUCAUCUUCCCCGCGGAGUACCCCUUCAAGCCACCCAAGAUCACUUUCAAGACAAAAAUCUACCACCCCAACAUUGAUGAGAAGGGCCAGGUCUGCCUGUCUAUCAUCAGCGUCGAGAACUGGAAGCCAGCCACAAAAACUGACCAAGUGAUUCAGAAUCUCAUUGCCCUGGUGAACACCCCUCAGCCGGAGCAUCCGCUGAGGGCCGACCUGGCAGAGGAAUACAGUAAAGACCGUGCGAAAUUCAUGAAGAAUGCUGAGGAGUUUACAAAGAAACACAGUGAAAAACGACCUAUUGACUGACGACACAACACUGACGCUCACGGCUGUUGGCCUCCUUUCUGUUUCCUGUUCAAAGAGCUCACCCUGACUCUCUGUUCUUAUCCCCAAACUACACAGAGAUGCCCUGUUCUCGCGUACCUGCAUUGUUUUAGCACUCUCCAACCACUCCUUAAUAGAGGCUUGUGUUUCUGUUUCACUUUGCCAAAAUAAAAAAAAUAAAAAACAGGACUUUUUGGUAAAUAGACAGGCCGUGGCCUCUAGGUGUCAUCUUCUUGGUUGUUUUGACUUCUUUCUACUGAUUUCUUUUUAGAAAAAAUAAGAAAAUUGUCAGAGAUGGCAUCCUGGAAAGUAAAAUAUCAGUAAAACACAAAAAGUGCUGUUCUGCUUACUUAAAUGUUGAGUGUUUUUAUCGGGUUAAUCAUUGGCUUAUGCAGACCUGUUUACAAAUUUUUAGGCUUUGUUUUCAAAAGUUAACUAAAAUGCACAGCAUCUAAUGCUGUUAUUUGUAUGUGUUGUCUCCUUUUCUUUAUUUUCCUUUUUGCUUCUUUUCCCCUUUAAGAUACACUGUACUUUGUGAAAUCUCCUGUUGCAGUACAUGAAAAUUUGUUUUGUUACUGAUGCAGAAGUCCACUUGUAGACACAGAAAUUUAUGAAAAUGCAACAACAUGUGUCCUUUUGAGAUGUUUUUGUAUUUUGAGAUGUUGGGGGGAAAAGUCUGUUAAAAUUAAAAUCCUUCCACCUCUGCUGGCCUCCCAGGAAAGUGCAUACUGUCAGUGAGCAUUAUAUUUGUUAUGCAGAUGGGAAGUCAGAUGUGUUAACGUUUGAUGAACUAUUGUACGUCUGGAUGUCAGACAUAGUUCUACAGACACCUCACAAUUUUUUUUUUCUUAAAUUUUGUUAAUUUACACACCAUUAACACAAAGUUGUUCAGCUCUGCAGAACUAAUGAGAAAAACAGCAACCUUGGCUUUAAAAUUAGAACAUUUUUACCAACUCCUGUUCAUCUACUCAUCACAUGGCUGACAGUAUUUUCACAUUAAGAACAAGAUGUACAAAGCAGUGACUGGUUCAACCUGCAGUAUGUCUGUGAACAGCAGUCAAACAGCUCUAAUUGGCCAUUAGCCAGUUAAUAUAUUCUGAUAGCUGACGAAUCAUUGCACACCAUUACACGUGUAAGGAAUUACAUCCAACUGCAGGUGGAGAACAAGGUCAAUGAAUAAAGAUUUGCGAUGGAUGCUUAA